AUGGAUCCUUCCUAUCCUGCUCUCAUCUGUCCCCUGGCUCUGUCUCCUCCUCCUCCUCCUCCUCCUCCUCCUCCUCCUCUUCCUUCUCCUCCUCCUCCUCCUCCUCCUCCCUCCUCCUCCUCUUCCUCUCCUCCUCCUCCUCCUCCUCACCUCCAUCCUCCUCCUCCAUAUCUCAUCUUUUCGCCAGCCAAAAGUGCAAGUUGUUUAUUUUUGCUUCUUAGAUUCGCACCGAGACAUCCCUCUCGAAACUCUCCGCGAAAGUUACCGGUCGCGAAUGAACGCACAACAAAAUCCGACGAAAGACGUUUAUUCAGAGGAGACGCGCGUGCCCGCGCCCUCCCGCCGGGCGUCAAUCUCGACGGAAGCAAGAGGAAAGAUCUCCCGGGGCAGGGGGAAAGCUUGGUGGAAGGGGGAAGGGACGGGAGAGGGCCGGGAGGGGCAGAGGGGGUGGAGGAGGGUAUUGCGGUUAAAGGGAGUGGUGCCAAAAUAGGUGUAGUGUGCCAAUCAGAUGCCACAUCACCAUCAUGGCUGUCUGGGGACUUACUGGAAGAUAAGUUGACUGAUAAAGAGAGCAAAGGACGUCUGGCGGAUGGUGAGAGGUGGAGGGAAGGAGGGAGGGAAGAAGGGAGGGAGGGAGGUAGAGUGAGAGGAAGGACGGAGGGAAAAGCAGCGGCAUGGUGUGUGACAAGUGACGAUGUCCAUCCACGAAGGAUGGAAGGCAGUCCGCUGAUGACCGUUCCUCUCGGCGCUGUGGAACCAUCUGAGAGUAUUUUGUAA